AUUAUUGAUUUGUGUCUUUUGUUGGCUACAAUUAAAAGGCGAUUUUCUGGCGUAACAGAAAUUGGAGGCUCGUCCUGGAUAACGUAAAUAUCCUAUUGAAAAUAUUUCAGUAUUUUUAUUAGAACUAGCUAACAAAAUUCUACGAAAUGGCAUUUGAUGCCAGUAAAUUUUUGAAAACGCCAGACCUGGAGGGGUUUGAUAAUUUUAAAAAAGACGAAUUAGUGUUGCUUGCUAAGCAUCUGAAAUUAGACUUAAGAGUAUCUAUGAGAAAACAAAUUAUAAAAAAAUUGAUAAUAGAUUAUUUAGUUGACUCAAAAAUAUUUGGUGAAAAGGCUCUUGAACUCAAGGUCGAAAAUGUUGACGCUAUCAAAUUAAAACAGCUUGAAUUAGAAAAUGAACUCAAAAUAAAACAGUUGGAAAAAGAAGAAAGACAGGUAGAACUCGAAAUGAAGGAAAGAUUAGAGAUGGAGAAAAAAGAAAAAGAAGAAAGGUUAGAGAUUGAGAAAAAAGAAAAAGAAGAAAGGUUAGAAAUGGAGAAAAAAGAAAAAGAAGAUGAAUUUAAAUUAAAACAAGAUGAAUUGAAAUUAAAACAGGCAGAACUUGAAAUGAGGGAAAGGUUAGAGAUUGAGAAAAUGAAAAUUGGAAUGGCAAAAGAAGAAAACAACACUAAAUUCUAAUCAAAAUCAAAACAUUUUAAUUUUGAUGCAGCAUAAAAUAUACGUUUGGUUCCCAAAUUUUGUUAAAAAACUGUUGAUAAAUUUUUUU